AUGACAGAAUCGGAAGAGAAGCAGAUCUAUCACGGGAACUGCCAUUGUGGCGCCUUCAAGUUCUCCGUCGCUCUCGCACCGAUCAAGAAGGCUGCGGUAUGCAACUGUAGUAUUUGCAGAAGAAAGGGAUAUCUCUUUGCAGUGCCCGAGAAGCCAUCUGACUUCAAAGUCGAAGUUGGCGAUGGCGUCUUGGAGACCUAUUCGUUCGGCAAUGGAGUCGCUGAGCACAAGGUAACCAAUUGCCCAGCUCAAUGGCUUCAAAAGAAAAAAAAACUUAUAAUGUCCAGNUUCUGUCCAACCUGCGGUACGGGUGUUCUGGUCGAAGCAGCAAAAAUGAACUUCCUAGCCGUCAAUGUGNNAAACCUCCAACCAAACCAUCCUCUAUCUUUCCCACAAUCUCUGACAAGAAUCCAGAUAAGAACUUUCAAGCACGGAGAAGUGGACAUUGACAACUUAAGAAUCAGCACCACGGAUCGCGCAAACAUCGAACCAGUCUACACACCUUUUGUUCUCCCUCAAGAUCAAACACCUCAAGUAUCCGAAGGACAAAAGGUGUACACCGGCAGCUGCCACUGUCAAGCUAUAAAGUAUACCGUUGUGUCUGAAGAGAUCAACGAAGUCCGCACUUGCAACUGCAGUUUCUGCUCUCGUCUGACAGACUACCUCUUCCACCCUAGUCGUGCAUACCACGGUUUCUGUGGUGUCUGUGGUGUCGACGUGGUCAAUAGAGUAGACUUGCACCCUGUUUUCAAAGCUCCGGUCAGGCCGAUCAAUGUAAGGACUAUGGAUAAUAUUUCGUUGGAAGAUCUCAAGAUCGAAAAGGUGGAUGGAUGGUCUCAGGAGACCGGUCCCUACAAGCCUUACGAUGUCUGA